AUGUCUGAUUCCUCUGUAUCAGCCGAGAAGAAGAGCCUCGUGGUCCAUCUGCAAGUAUGGCACUACCGAGCUUCCGAAGGGCGAAGCAUUGAUGCCAACAAUGCCUUUGCCAACCUCUUCCGCGGCACAGCAGACUGGGAGGUUGUCCAGACAGAGUUUCAUGCCGUCGCAGGCCUCAACUCGCACGAUCGAUAUGUCCCCGUCGAGGUGCGCUUCCGCCACAAGGCCCUGGAGUACGACCACCCGGGCGAAGCUGCCAUGGCUGCCGUCCGAAGGCUCUUCUUCAAGACGGCGCCUCAGUUCGUCUACCAGUUCUGCAUCAAGAACAAGAGCACUCCCCACAAUCUCAACAUCUUUCCCGUCGACGUUCCGAAGAGCUUCAAGUCGCGGUACACGCAUGUGUAUGGACUCAAUCCGCUCAAUAUCCGCAUCAACACCUUUCUCCUUCCCGAGCGGAUGCGAACGGCCGAGGGCGAGGACGAGGUGCAGAAGUGGUUGCGAGCUGCAGGCAACGACGACACUGCCGACGACGUCUUGGGAACUUUGGCCGCCGCCGUCAGCAUCUACCUCAUCUACCUUCACAGACGAGGCACAGGAAAAGGGCGAGUCAGUGACCCGGCCGAUGCCCAGAUCGGAUUGGCAAAUGAGUACAUUUCCAAGCUGUAUUUGCCAGAAGAGCUCUCCGAAUUGCGAGCACUGUUGCGAAAGCUGGAAGCUCCCGCCAUGAGUGUGCAAGUGGCCUUGAACGGCGCUGGCCAACUUUUGACGGAGUACGAGCGUCUAGCUGACCUCGUCAAGAGCAGAUCGAAGAGGCUAGAAGAGGACCGAGCUCUCUCCUGCCAGGAUCUGCAUGAGCUGGUGCAAGACGCCCACACAGUGACACUCCAUGUGUCCAGACUGAACCAGGCAGUGCGACCCGUCAUCGAGAUGCUUGAAAAAGACUACAAGGACACCAUGGCGGAUGCCAAAAGCUUCACAGAGGCGGUUGGCAUCGUGGGCUAUACCGGCCUGACCCUCCGCUACAUGACGGGCCGCUCAACCGAGGACGAUGCCAGAUACCGCAUGUGGGUUGCAAGAGGCGCAGAGGCCAUGCAAAAGAAGAGGCGUGUCAAGGACUUUGACAUUGAGAUGAAGAAGCUGGUCAGAGACGUCCAGCAAGCUCAGGGCGCCAUCUCCGAGGUGUUUUGCGCCCAGGUCAUGAAUCUCCAGCUGGACGAGGUUCUGCCGGAGCACGAGAGGCGGAGGAUCCUCGCAACGCUGGGCGUCGACAUGGAGGCCGUUUCGGACCCCGUUUACAGCCAGGAGCUGAUUCGACACCGCAUCAGGACGUUUCUCUCACAGGACGGCAUUCUGCGGGACAGCAUGGAGCAAGUGCUGAAGGACAUGGGAUUUGUGCGGGAGUGA